UGUCUAACGGGAAGUGAAGGAGUGAUCAGUGGAGUGAAAUCGUUCCACCUCUACAACUUGGACGGAGACGGAACAAGCUAAUAGCGCGUGAGAUCUGGGGAGAGGAUAAAGCAACAGGACCUAGUUUUUGUCCCCCGUUUUUGGUCUCCUUCUCAGUUAUUCAAGAGGGCGACUCCGCUACCGGACAAAGUGGUCUAUUGAUUUGAACGCACAAAAAGAGCUGGGUUGUUCGUAGAUUGUCAGGUUAUUUUCAUUGUCUCAUGGUGCGGAGCGGGACUGAAACUAACGGUGCCCCCCGCCGAUGAAUAAUGUAUGAAAAACCAAUUUCAGUGUUUCCACGGUAUUUGCGAGUUACUUAAGAAAAAUCUCCUCGGUCUCCCGAAGACUAAACAAGAGAGUUAUUAUGGUCGGACCUCUUUGGUGAAGUCAUGGAAAUCUUUCAGGGUUUUUGUGGGAGGAGAGUGAUCUUUAAAGAGAAGCGCCUGAUCACCUGUUAACAUGUCAAGGAAAUGGUUUUACUUGGGGCUAGCUUUACAACUUACCAUGCUUGUCUUACUCUAUCGGCUCUUCUCCGAGGAACGCACGAUUAUUAUUCACAGCUCUGCGUCCGACAAAACGUUCCCGCGCUUUCCAGACAUUGUCAUCCCAAAGGGGUCCACAGUUAACGGCAAAUUGCAUCAGCGAACACAAAAUUUAACAAUAGCGAUAAACUGGAACGAAAUACCACGGAGGUCUUCUCCUCCAGUCAAGGAAAUGCACGAGAAAUGGAUUGUUCUCACGACUAUAAAUGCACCGACAGAUGAUGUGAAGAAAUUAGCUGAUAUUGAGGGUUGGAAGGUUGUUGUGGUUGGUGAUACAAAGACCCCGGGAGAUUGGAGUCAUCCCAAUUACGUUUUCUUGAGUGUUGAGAAGCAGAAAUCCUUGGGAUACCGCAUCCAUGACUUUCUCUCUUACAAAAGUUACGCUCGAAAGAACCUUGGCUACCUCUAUGCUAUUCAACAUGGCGCCAAAAUCAUCUAUGAAACAGAUGAUGAUAAUUCUCCAACAAGCGGAAAAAUAACUUUCUUCCAGCAAGAAACUGGCGACUUCUUUGUAUACAGAACAGAUUCUAUUGUGGUUAAUCCGUACGAACAUUUUGGACAGAGUACAAUAUGGCCUAGAGGGUACCCGCUAGAUCGCAUUGCUGAUCCCCCGUCACACAAGUUCAUCAAAUGCCAAGGGGUGGACACAUCUAUACAGCAGGGAGUGGUUAAUGGUGACCCGGAUGUAGACGCCAUCUUUCGGUUAACAAGAAAAGACAAAGACGUGGAUUUGAAAGUUGAGUUUGACGCUGAUGCACCAUCCGUUGUUCUUCCUCCAAAAACAAUGGCUCCGUUUAAUUCACAAAACACGCUGUUUAUGAAAAAGGCAUUGUGGGCCAUGUUGAUACCAACCACUGUAACAUUUCGAGUCUGCGAUAUCUGGCGUGGUUACUGGGCUCAGCGGUUACUGUGGGAUGUUGGAUCACAGCUGUCAUUUUUCCCGCCAAACGCCGUUCAAUUUCGAAAUUCACACAACUAUCUCAUUGAUUUCAUCGACGAGAAAGUGCUUUACCAUGAUGCUGGGCGAUUAGUUGAGUUUUUGAUCAAUUGGAAAUCUGACAAACCAGAUCUCUUUAGUAGAGCCCUGGAUUUAAGUAUAGCAAUGGUUGAGCAAGGUUUCUGGCAGCUGAAUGAUGCCAUGUUAACAGAAGCGUGGCUAGCUGAUUUAGUAAGUGUUGGAUAUGAAAUGCCAACUAUUAACACUGCUCCGCAAUCGUGUAUAAAUGUAUUAGGUGGGGAAGUUGAGCUUCUACCGGAAGAAAAACCAUCUUCAUAUCUGCGAGCAGGCAGAGAACUGAAAAAUUUAGCUCUGUCAAAGAUGUGAUCGGAUGUUUAUAAUGUAAAGGAUUUGUUGCAAACUUUGUCCUCUUUAUUGAAUCCAUUUCGGCUUUACAACGGAGUUUAUUUUCUAACUGUUUUUGGUAACAUCCAAACAGUACGUUGUACAGAUAAAAAAGACAAAUUUGUUGAGACUGUGAGAAGCGCGGUCGCUGGACCCGUUUCGAGGUUGUAAGGCUUUCUCUCAGGCUAUCGCUUUUUUCGUUCAGACCACGUGAUCCGAAACGGAUUGAUCGGACUACGGAAUUCUUGAGUACAGGACUCAACUCUUCCAACUUCACCCAGGUGUAUAAACAGCUGUUUCGACAAAGGUUGGAGAAGUAAUACUUCUUGUUUUUAUCAUACUAUUCAAAUCGACGUUAAAUACCGGCAAUAGUGGUUUCUUUCGGAAUAUAUAAUUUUCAGCGUUAUUGGUAUAAUCACACAAAUGAGUUAUUACUUUACACCUGAAAGAAUACUGAUUGUGGGUGUCUAUGGCAGUGGUCUUAUAAUAUUGCAUUUUAGUUGGACAUUAGUAAUUUAUUGUAGAAGAAAUUAUAUGAAACCUAAUAAACAGUCAUUUA